AUAGGUACCCUACCAAUGAUGCGCUCCUUCCCAAGAUUUCUAUUGAAGCUCAUAUCAUUGGCGAAUUGAGUUUAAAUACGCAUGUGCUAUUAUGUUAGUUAAGGUUAGGUAGUUAGUUUCGGCGAUUAGACGUUGCCUUCGCUAUAGCCGUGCCCGUCUGCCGUACAGGGUUUGAUUUCUGGAAGGUGUUACGAUCAACCAGUUCAACCUACAACUCAGCGCUCUUUAGUGCCCAUUCGAUCCACAGCCCGUAGUGACCGUACAUAAUCCGGACUACACCCGUCUCUAACAUUGGCUUUUAGAACCCGAGUCUGACAACCGAUGAUGCUUAUAGAUAUAAUUUGAGGGGUGUCAGCAAGUUCAGAUCUCCGCAUUACACCUUUAGAAUAUACUACAGAGCUAAUGCUAACUAGCCGUUGAGAUUCCUAUAAGGGGUGUGAAGAAGAACCGAUGUAAUUGAAAGAGAGAAAUUUGACUCUCGUGUUUUCAACACAUUUUCAAUACCGAGUUGCCUUUGCGCUAUAAACCGCCAAAAUGUCAAUCAUCGAUCAGAUCCCAUUGCCUUGGGCAUUGGCCCUUGGAUGCCUUGCUAUUGUAGUCUAUUACGUCCGCUCAUACUUAGCGACGAACGGUCACCUUCGAGAUAUUCCUGCGCCUUUCCCAGCUCAAUUCACCAAUCUGUGGCUCCUCUACGCAUGUAGGCGGGGAAGGCGUUAUCUCGUCGUGGAUAAGGUCCAUAAGAAAUUGGGUCCCGUCGUUCGUAUCCAGCCAAACCACGUGAGCGUUGCCGACGACGAGGCUAUCCAGGUCAUCUACGGCCACGGAAACGGGUUCCUCAAGUCCGAGUUCUACGACGCCUUCGUGUCGAUCCGGCGCGGUCUAUUCAAUACUCGAGACCGCGCCGAGCAUACUCGCAAGAGGAAGUUGGUCUCAAGCACAUUCGCUCCGAAGGCUAUAUCUCAAUUUGAGCCGUACAUUUACCAGAAUCUCGAGACGUUUGUGAGAAAAUGGGACGAGCUGAUCGAAAGCUCACCAAAGGGGGAUAAAACGGCCUAUGUGGAUUGCCUAAAAUGGUUCAACUACGUUGCCUUCGACACCAUUGGGGAUCUGGCAUUUGGCGCCCCGUUCGGUAUGCUGAAAGCAGGAGCAGAUAUUGCCGAGGUUCGCACAGCUGUUGACUCGCCGCCCAUCUAUGCGCCGGCGGUUGAAAUACUCAACCGCCGCGGUGAAGUGUCUGCUGCGCUCGGCUGCUUCCCACAGCUGAAGCCAUACGCCAAAUGGCUCCCCGAUUCGUUCUUUAGCAAGGGUCUCGCAGCUGUGGAGAACUUGGCCGGCAUCGCUAUUGCGCGCGUAAAAGAUCGUCUCGAGAACCCACCGGAUAUCAACCGCAGAGAUCUUCUUGCCUUGCUGCAAGAAGGGCGCGACGAGAAAGGCGAACCAUUAGGUUUCGAGGAACUAACAGCAGAAGCACUAACGCAGCUGAUUGCAGGGUCAGACACGACCUCUAAUUCGUCUUGUGCUCUUCUUUAUCACGUCGCACGGACUCCUGGUGUCUUACAAAAGCUGCAGGCAGAACUCGAUGCAGCAAUCCCAAGUGAUGACGUCGCCGUACCCGCGUACGACACAAUCAGAAAUUUACCAUACCUCCAGAUGGUCCUCAACGAAACGUUGCGUAUUCACUGCACGUCUGGGAUCGGCCUGCCACGAGAGAUCCCGUCCGAUUCUGAGGGAGUACACAUCCGUGGAUACUACUUCCCUCCCGGCACGGUGCUUAGCGUGCCAACAUAUACCAUGCACCACUCGCGGGAGAUAUGGGGCGACGAUGCAGAUGAGUUUCGCCCCGAGAGGUGGGAAGACACAACGACUCGCCAGAAGAACGCAUUUAUACCAUUCAGCACGGGUCCCAGAGCCUGUGUUGGCCGAAACGUGGCCGAGAUGGAGAUGAAGAUGAUCGUGGCGACCUGGGCGCGGCGAUAUAACGUAUUUCUCUGUCAGGGCGAGAUGGAGACUCGCGAGGGGUUCUUAAGGAAGCCGCUAGCAUUGGAUAUUGGACUAAAGCGAAGAGUUUAGGAUAAGAUAAAAUUGACCUAAUUGGUUUUAUCAAACAAAGCAACGACAUUUCAUACAAUUUUAUGCCAAGUGUGUUGUGGUACAAGGUAAGGCUUGAGAAGCGUGUCCCUAUUAUUACUAGCAGUGUGCUUCUAAUUCCUUUCAUUUAAAGAUCGACAAUCGUGACAGCGAUAUUAGAUAGGUACUUCUUAAAUACGCUUUAUGAUUCCUGCACUUUAUAUCGUCCUUUCUAUAAACUAUUGAGCCGAUUUCAUAGUGUAAAUGUAAAAGCUUACCUCU